GCCCGCAGCCCCCCACGAGAGGUGAGCCCGCGCUCUGCCCGCCCUCUGGAGCUGGAGCGCCCGCCGGGACCGCUCCCGAGGCUGCAGCUUUCUGCGUGGCUCUGCAGCUCCUCACUCCGUCUCUGGGCAGAGCUGUCGGUUCUCCCCAGCGCCGGGCAGCUUGGAGCCUACCGGCUGCGGGUGCCUGCCGGGUGUUAGCCCGCCUCAGCCUGGAGAUGCUGCACGGUGGACGGAAGUGUUGGCUUGGAUGUCCGCACCUCUGAAGCUGCUGGGGUGAAGAGCCACAUUCUUUCCCCCCCACUUUGGGAGAGUAGCCGUCUGAUUUAAGAUCCCAUCUUCUCUGCAAAUCACCAGGUUGCAGCUUCACUGAUCGGAAUACACUUCUUCACCAAAGAACAUGGAUGAAAAUGAAAGCAACCAAUCCUUAAUGACAAACAGCCAGUAUCCUAAAGAAGCAGUAAGGAAACGCAGUAAUUCAACACGCAAUUCUGGAGGAAGUGAUUCUUCUAGAUUUUCCAGGAAAAGUUUCAAGUUGGAUUAUAGACUAGAGGAAGAUGUAACUAAGUCAGAGAAAGGAAAGGAUGGGAGAUUUGUGAAUCCAUGGCCGACAUGGAAAAGUCCUUCCAUCACCAAUGUUCUCAGAUGGCUGAUAAUGGAAAAAGAUCACAGCGGGGUUCCAUGUUCCAAAGAGGAACUUGACAAAGAACUCCCAGUGCUGAAGCCAUAUUUUAUUGAUGACCCUGAAGAAGCUGGGGUGACAGAAGCUGGCCUGCGGGUCACAUGGCUGGGGCAUGCCACGGUGAUGGUGGAAAUGGACGAGCUCAUAUUCCUGACAGAUCCGGUCUUCAGCGCGCGAGCUUCACCCUGGCAGCGCAUGGGCCCAAGGCGUUUCCGCCACCCGCCCUGCGCCAUAAGCGAACUGCCCCCCAUUGAUGCUGUGCUCAUCAGUCACAACCACUAUGACCACCUGGACUACAACUCUGUCAUAGCUCUGAAUGAGCGAUUCGGCAACGAGUUGAGAUGGUUUGUGCCUUUGGGUCUCCUCGACUGGAUGCAAAAGUGCGGCUGUGAGAAUGUGAUUGAGCUGGACUGGUGGGAGGAGAACUGUGUCCCCGGACAUGAUAAGGUCACCUUUGUCUUCACACCUGCCCAGCACUGGUGUAAACGGGCUCUACUGGAUGACAACAAGGUUCUGUGGGGCAGCUGGUCUGUCCUGGGGCCUUGGAAUCGAUUUUUUUUCGCAGGAGAUACUGGUUACUGCCCGGCUUUUAAAGAGAUAGGAAGAAGAUUUGGGCCGUUUGACCUUGCAGCUAUUCCCAUUGGAGCUUAUGAACCAAGGUGGUUUAUGAAGUAUCAGCACGUAGACCCAGAAGAAGCUGUAAAGAUUCACACUGAUCUUCAAACCAAGAAGUCUGUGGCAAUUCACUGGGGAACUUUUGCCUUAGCAAAUGAGCAUUACUUGGAACCUCCAGGGAAACUGACUGAAGCUUUAGAGAAAGCUGGGCUUAAGACUGAAGACUUUUUUGUUUUAAAGCAUGGAGAAUCAAGAUACCUAAAUACUGAUGAAGCCUUUGAAUAAUAAUGAGUAGCUUUUAAUGGAAAAAAGCAUUGCCUGAUACAAAUCUUUACAUUUGGAAACAACUUCUGCAAGUUUGUAUUUUUACGUUUUGUGUAAUAAUGUGCUUACCUGAUUGCCAGCUCAAAAAAAAAAAAAAAUUCAGGUAUGGGUCAUUUAAAUCAGUUGGCUAAUAGGGAUUUUGAAUCUUCUCAGUGGUAUAAAAUUGCAAUGGAAUUUUUUUUAAACAAAUGCAUCAUUCUGAGGUCAUGUAGGACUGACCUUAAAGACUCAUUUCUUUACUUUAAGGGCCUUCUACAAUGUGACUCAAGGCUGUCAGCCUAUCUAGAUUUCUUCAUAGGCCUGCACAUAUAAGCGUAGUUCUUACACAUUAAGUGAUAAAGUUUAUUCUCAUGCUGAGAGUAGUUCUUACUCUAUUAAGAUUAGCUUAUAUGCCAAAUGUUAAGCAAUUUUUUUUUAGCAUAAAAACAUAGGAAUAGUUUGGGCUAAGUUAACCUUUUAAGAAAUUUUUUUGAAAUGAGGAAGCAGUAUACUUUCUGUUGCAGAAAUGGCCAAAUCAAAGGGCCUGUGAGUGGGCAAAGAAUGUUUGUAUGCAAACAUGACUUAGGAAAUUUCUAUUUAUAAUCCAAGAAAUCAAAUCUACUAAGUACAAAAACAGCUGCAAGAGAAGACUUUUCAAAGAUAAAUGCAGAUCUUAGUGCUAAAAGACAUAUACUUUGAAUUAUUCUCUUCAUUUUGUUUUAAUACACUCAUUUCAGUGAGAUUUAUAAUAUUAUACCAGUGUAGAAUAAUGGCAAAGAUGGUGAAUCUGAGAAUCAGCUGACUGGAGUUUUAAGUUCUACAAGGGCUUUCCUACAUGAGAGCUGUGGGAGAGGCCCAUUCACUCUUCCUGCUCCAUCAAAAUAGGCAGAUUUUCUAUCUAAUUGCUACCCUGACAGUGCUCCAUGAUUUAACAUGCCAUGUUAGCCACUAAUCUGCAUCUGAAAUAGAUUACCUGUACCUUACGUAUGCUCACUGUGCCUCCGUUUCCUCAUGAGCAACAAGAGGAUAAUUCUGACCUACCUCCAAAAAUGUGAUUGUGAUGACUAAAGAAAAAAUAAUUGAAAGUGUGAGGAGAAACAUUUCAAGUAGGCUGCCUAAGAGGCAGCAUUGAAAGCUGAAAAUAGGCGAAAUGCUUUUGAUAAUGUGUAGCAGAUUUAAGUAUAAGGAUAUGAAACAGUGAGGACAAUUUUUAUCUGUUUCAUAAAUUUGGAAAGCAGUAGUCAAAAUAAACGUGAAAUAAAAAUUUUUAUAAAGAUCAAUUUUAUUUACAUCUAAAAAGAUGCAAAUCAGUCAAGGGAAAAUGUAUGACUAAAUGCACAAAAAAUUCUGAAUAAGCAUAAAUUUUUUCACUCCAAAGAAACAUUUAGCUAGACUGUCUAAUCAGAAUGUUAUAUAGUGUGGGGUGUGUUGCUCUGAUUCUGGCCAAAGUUUUUGUCACUUCCUUGCUGUUGCACACUGCAUUGAAAUGUCCUCUUUCUUACCUGUGCUUUACUAAAAAGUAAGCCAGAUAUCUUGUUUUUCUUUUCCAUGAAUAGCCUUAACAUUUUUGUAUUCACAUGUACUGUUUAGCCAAAAGUCUCCAAGCACUUUAAAUUAUGUUCUAGCUCCACUCAAUUAGGCCUGUCUGACCAGGAGAAAUCCUAUCUAAUGAAAGCUAAGCAAUGGCAUGACCUAUAUAUACUGACACUGAUAAAGAUCAGUGUGACUUUUCACUGUAUUUCUCUCAGUAGUUAAAAAUUACUCCUUUCACUACAUUCUGACAUUUCAUCUCAUAUCCAGGAAAUGAGAUUAUCUAUUCAAACUAACAGUUUUAGAAUUUAAUACUGCUGAAAAAGCACUAAGAAACCAAAUCAUGGUUUUGAAUGUGUAUAUUUUGAACACAUUUUCAUUAAAGAGGCAAAUUUAAGGAAAAGAAAAACUUGUAAAGAAAUGUGCCUUUCAGGGAAUUAAUACUUAUGUGUCCAUUAUGAAUUAAAAGUAUUAUUCUUAAUCACUGCAUGUAUAUUACUAGUGUGGUCAUUUGAAUUGCCAUAUUCGCCAUGCACUGAAUUUUUUUUCUAUUGUAAAUCUUCCAAGUAUCACUUCUGUAUCAGGAUAACCUGAGAAUAUCCAUUUCUCUUAGAUAUUUUCUGACUUCCUAUGGAAACCAUGUAUGUAUAAAUGAAAUUUAAAGCUUCUGUUUGCAUACCUAUUUAAAAUUAAGCAUGGUGAUGAUAUGAACUUGACAGUCAUAAAGACCUUGCUGGAAUAUCAGUAUUGUCUUAGUAGUUUUUGUGGAGUAAGAUACUAGUUUUAAAAAAUGGCUGAGAGAUUUUCAUAUUUUGUGACUGAUAAAAGUACUAUAUCAAUUUAGAGGAAAAAAGUACUGUAUCAAUUUAGAGGAAAAAACUUAAUUUGUGAUUUCCCCUCUAAUUAUAAAAAUUUAAACUGUAAAAUAAGGUGUAUAUAGAAGUGAUUCUAGAAAUUCAUCAUAUGGGCAUAAAUAUUUAUUUAAAAAGCCACAAAA